GCACCGUAAAAUGUGAAGGAUAUAUGUGCAAAUUAACAACAAUCAACGAACAGGAAGAUGCGUUCGUUCCAAUAAUUGUAACAAAGCUUUGUGCAACUUUGGAAAUGAAACCUGGUUGUUCAUAUGUUCCAGAAGAUUUAACCUUGAAAUUUCCAACGUGUUGUCCAUUAUUGGUAUGUGUCGAUGAUGAAAUUAUUAACAUUGUGGAAUCAAUCGAUGCAAUUGAUUCAGAACCAACAGAAAUACCACAAAUUACAGAAUUAGUGGAAAGGCCUAUCCGAUUAACACCUGAAGAUGUUCCAACAAACAUGGACGUUGAUGAUUAUUUAGAACAGAUUCGAUUUCAAAUAAUAAAAAAGAAGAAACCCCACCGUUCUCUAAAACCAAAUAAUCAAAACGAUACUGAAACUAUGAAUAAUACUCAAACAAAUCAAUCGAUUAUCAAUUAA